GUAUUGUUUUUUCGAAUGUUGCGUCAUACCUUCAUUGUGACAGAGGCAUUCAUAUUGCGUUGCAUGCAACAUCAUCGUCUGAAGAUUAUCUACUUGCUGCAUCCAAUAUCGGCAGCAAUAUUGGUAUUCAUUGUGGGAUUCGUAGUGUGGUACGAGAUGUACUAUAUACUACCGGAGCUGUGUGAUGUCGAUGGCAAAUUCUAUAAACUGAAUUGUUUCCUGGCCGUUUACUUUCUUCACAAUAUCCUUGGCAAUAUGAUAUGUUGUUGGCACACGGAUACAAGCUUUUUGACCGUGCCAAAAGAGCGGCAACAGCCAAUUGCCUCUGAGGCGCAUCUCUGGCAUUUGUGCACCCAUUGUCAGAUGUUGGUGCCGCCCCGGGCGUGGCACUGUCGACUGUGCAACACAUGCAUGCUAAAGCGGGAUCAUCACUGCAACAUAACGGCCAACUGCAUUGGCCAUGCCAAUCAGCGGUACUUCAUUGGCCUUCUCUUCAACUUAACCCUGGGCAACAUGGUCGCCUGCUUCUAUAACUUCAUUUACGUAUUUAUUGUACGUCUGCCGAUUUUUAGCGAUCCCCUCAUAUUUCUAGCACGCUUCGAAGGUUUCGAUCCUAACCAGUUUCUAGACGAAGUGAAGGCAAAUCCCAACUGGCUUAUCAUCAAUGGAGCCAUCCUCAAGCUUAGUAUCUUCAGCAUGGUAUUUGUGGCAUCGCAGCUGGGCCUACAAAUCUACAUGGUCAGCCGGGGCAGUUGCAUGUACUCCUUCCGGGAUAGCAGCUACGAUUUUGGAUUCUGGACCAAUUGGCGAAUGGUGCUGGGCAAGCGUAUGUUUUGGACUUGGCUGUCGCCACUCAUCAACAGUCCUCUGCCCAAUGAUGGCACCCAAUGGCUCAUCGCCAGGGACACGUACGCCAAGAAGCCCGCAUAAUCCGAACACGUGACUUCCGCUUGCUCUACUAUUGAAUCACACUAAAUACAUGAAAUACAUAUGCACGUAUAUUUUAUGCUUAUACAUAAAAUCAAGUUUAACGCUUCAUUUAA